GUCUCGGCGUCUGACUCGUCGUCGUCGUCGAGGUCGGGCAUCGCGCAGCUCGUGCGACUGUCCUCGUCGCGCUCGGCCUCGAUUCUGAGGGGCUUGGUUAGAGACUGCGGCAAGCACGGACACCGGCCACUUCUACUCACUGCUCGAGCGCGCGAUCGAGCGUGCUCGCCCCCAUGCUGGCGGUCGUGGACGCCAUGCUCGGAAUACGCGCAGGCAUGAUCGCCGCCUUGGCCGCUGCUUCAAACGCCUGAUCGGGGAUCCCGGCAUGCCGAAGGACGUCGAUAAACUCCAUGUGGUCUGGGCGUGGCGUCAGCAGGGGGCGUGCUCAUCCGGUGCGUAAACUCGGCCUUGUAUCCCGGUACAAGCACAAACUCGCCGCCGAGCUGCACAAAGUCGCCUGGGACAUGGCGCAUGUGCUUGAAGCCGCGCUUGAGGCCGGUCGUGGCCUGGGUCCACACGGUCUGGUUGUAUGCGCCACGCGUCUUGGCUUGUAGAUCUUUCUCGACCGGUCAGUGUACAUCUCGUACUGGCAGUUGAACAGGGCCUUGUACGCCUUGAUCGCCUUCCAGCUGCCACACCCGAUCAAGACGACGCGGAUGUUGUGCUGGCGCACAAUCUCGGGGUCGACGUUUGCGAGCGAGAACUCCAUGUAGUUCUGGCACGCACCGCACCAGAAGUGGCGGACGAAGACCAUGACCGUCUUCUGCGCGCCGCCGUCGUACGAAGGGAACAGGUCGCCAAAGGCGACCUUUUUGCCCUCGUCGUCCGUCACGGUGCGCUGCGACGCCUCCCACAGGUCCAGCCCGUGGGUCGUCGUCGGCGCGCGGCGCCCCGCGCUGCGCGAGCUCACCGACCCCUUCAUCUUGGCGCCCUUGCUGCUUGUCGGCGUCAGGUUGUUGGUGCCUGCUGCUCCGACUGCAGAGUCCUCCAGCGACCGCGGUUUGGGUACGCCGGCGCCGACAGCACGCACGUGUUCGCCCACCGGCUCCGAGCGCACCGUCGCAGGCGAUGCGAGCGGGCGCGGCACAGGCAUCUCGACGCGCGCGACCGGCGCUUGGAGGUGGUCCUCAGCGGAAGCGUACUCUUCGUCGUCGUCGUCAUCUCGCUCCUCGUCGCUUGUGGACGGCUCCGUCUCGACCCGGCUCACGCGGUACGCGCGGCGAACGGUACUGGGCUCCUCGUCGACCGUGCCCGAGUGGAACGUCGCGCCGGUCGGCGUGCGGAUCUCGCUGUCGAGUGCGGACACGGUCGACCCAGGUGCCGGGACGGCGGGCGCAGGCUUCUCCGACACCUCGGAGAAGUACUCCGAGUCGGUGUGCUCCCCGUCCAGCGAGGACCCGGAGAGGCGCUUCGCGCCGUGCGGCAGCCCCGUGACGCGGAGUGGCGAGCGCGGGCCGCGCGUCGGGGCUGCCGCCGGCAUGGGCACGGGCAUCGGCUCGGGCUCAGGCACUGUGACUGUUCCGAACGUGGGCGACGCCGGCGCGACGGGCGUAGUGGCCGGCGACGCCUCGCGAGGGGAAGUGAUCAUGCUUGGUGCAGCGGGCAUCGGCUCCUCCUCCGGCACGGAGGGCACCACGAUCGCGAGCUUGGAGCUGAUGCUCGCGCUGCGCGGGAGGUGGGAGCGCGGCGCGCCGUCGCCGCUGCUGGAGCGGACGGGCUUGGCGGCGAGCCACUCGGGCAGGCUCUUGAUGCUGUUUGAGCUGUCUGCGGAGCUGAGCGGGGGGCGGGCGGGCAUGGUUUCCGAGCGGGGGAGGCGACGGGCUCUGGCGGCGGUGUAG